AUGGACAUUGCAGUUAACCCCUCCCCCCAAAAAAAGAAAGGGAAGGAAAAGAGAGAGGUGGACUUAAAGACAGUGGAAGCCAGAGAAGGCAAAUCAGGGGGUCGUUCCAAUCCCGUUUACAAAGCCUCGGUGGUGGUUUGCGGCAGUGCAGAAGGUGGUGGUGGUGGGCUCGGGACAGUGGCAGGCCUAGGGGUGGGGGCAUGGCCAUGGGGGGGCCGCAUCCCAUCCUCCACCCUGCACCGGGACAGGCGCUGGGGCUGGGGGUCCUGGGGCGGGGGUCCAUCUAGGGGCCCCUCCAGACUCUCAGAACUGCGGCCCUGGCUGAGCGGAGGGACGGCCACGACGGCGGGAGGUGGAGGUAGCGCCGGGGGAGGAGCCGGGGCGGAGAAAGUAGGCAGGGUGAGGUGUUCCCGCAGGGUCUGGGUUCUCCUCGCCUUGCUGGCUCUCAUCUCUCUCACCUCGCUCUUCUUCACCAUCUCGUUCCGUGGGGGCGUCAGCUUCAACUACCUGGAGCCGCCCGGGUGGGAGGAGUCGAGGAGGGUGAAGCUAGUGCCCAACUACGUGGGCGCACACAGGCUGGCGCCACCUUACACCUCGCAGCAGAAGACGUGUGCCUGCUCGCGCUGUGUGGGAGACCCGGGCGUUUCUGAUUGGUUCGACGAGAACUUUGAGCCGGAUAUCUCACCUGUUUGGACCAGAGACAACAUCCAGCUGCCCUCUGAUGUCUACUACUGGUGGGUGAUGUUACAGCCCCAGUUUAAACCUCACAGCAUCAAGCAGGUGUUGUGGAAGUUGUUCCAGGUGAUUCCCGGAAGGUCGCCAUACGGCUCGUGGGAUCCAAGACGUUGCCUGCGCUGCGCCGUGGUGGGGAACUCGGGAAACCUCCGCGGGUCCGGAUAUGGGGCGACCAUUGACGGACACAGCUACAUCAUGAGGAUAAACCUGGCCCCCACUGUGGGCUACGAAGAAGACGCCGGCAGCCUGACCACUCACCACUUCAUGUACCCGGAGAGCGCCAAGAACCUGGCGGCCAACGUCAGCUUCGUCCUGGUUCCUUUCAAAACGCUGGAUCUUGUCUGGAUCACCAGCGCUCUGUCCACUGGCACGAUUCGAUUUACCUACGCUCCAGUGAAGCAGUUCCUCCGCGUAGAUAAGGACAAGGUCCAGAUCUUCAACCCGGCAUUCUUUAAAUACAUCCACGACCGUUGGACCAGACAUAAUGGCCGCUACCCCUCCACUGGCAUGCUCGUACUGUUCUUUGCCCUGCAUGUCUGUGACGAGGUGAACGUGUUUGGUUUCGGGGCAGACAGCAGGGGAAACUGGCACCACUACUGGGAGGAGAACCGCUACUCCGGAGAGUUCAGGAAGACCGGCGUCCACGACGCCGACUACGAAGCCCAGAUCAUCCAGCUGCUGGCGAAGGCUGGCAAGAUCACUGUAUUCCCAGGGAAAUAAGCAGCAAAUCACCCUGUGGAUCUAAUGGUCCAACACUGGUACGGCAACAGACACUAUAGAGGCUGCUUCAAAACGUGUUAGAUAUUCUCGCUUUCACUCACCUGCUCCAGUUUGGGUUCCCGGUUUGGCUUACAGUACAGAAGGCGAGCUGUAACGGUCACAUACCAAACAAUGUUAUUCCAUUCACUUUCCCUCAUAUUGAGAAGUCAGCCACCAAUUGAGGCUCUCAUCAGAGAACAUGGUGUAGACUCUUAGGAACCAGGAAAAGGGAACAUGUAGAUCCAAAUGUAGUUCUGCUCACCUUGGACUGACCUAAAACUGGAAGUUGAGCCUUACAUUUCACACUAGAGUAAUUGGCUCUUAGUAGUUUUCAAGGUUUUACCUCUAACGACCAGCGCAAGACCACAGAUCUCGACUCAAGCGAAGGCUGCACAGCAGGAAAACUCAGCCCGAUCACCCCAAAUACUGACUUUAGCAGCGCAGGGAGAGAGCCAGAGAGGGAAAGAUCUCACGUGCAAGAGUCAUACUUCCGGACUCGCCUUGGAUGAGUGUGUAACACUCAUCCGUUAACAAACACACAGUAUGCUACAUACUGAAAAGGUCACAGAAACAGCACCGUCAGCAUCCAGGAGACUAUUGUUCUACAGCCCCGUGAUGUCGGACAGUAACAAAGUGCGUGUGAAAAAAUUACAGUUCUUACCCUCUGAGCACGAGGCGCCGGGCUGCAGGCCUGCUGACAAGUUUGCCACUACGGACACAAACCGUGGAGCUAUCUGAAGCCGUUGUGCUGUUGAACAUUUUGAGACUUUAAGGACUAAUCUUACAGAACCCCGGGCCAAGAGUUUCUUGAGAAAGAAUUUUUCCUUCUCAAGUCCUAUACGAGGCUUGCCACUUUUCACUGUCGUCACUCCCCUUCAUGUGAUUUCAGCCUCACAAGACGGCGUUACAAGGACGUUGUAAAACGGUUGGUUAUGAGACGAUAGCUGUGCGAUUGCCGCGAGUUUAUAUAUCGUAUGGCUGUCCUCUGAACCCUGCUGGGCCUUACCAUGCUUAGCAAGGCCUGGACACCUUGCAGCACACUCACGGAAAUAUGAUCAAGGCUUUUGCCUUUUGGCCAUUCUGACUCCGAGAGAUCGCUGCAACAUGAGCUUCAGCUCCUGUAGAGCCAGCCAAUCGCGUUUUAAACACCACGGACAGCCACAGGCCAGGCUACAUUCCCAUCCAGACACGGGGAGAAGUGUUCUGGGAGGGUGUUGGUUUGACUGCGUGAGACUCUUAAUGAGGCCAAAAGGCAGUCUCCUGGGAUCUCGUGUUUGGAUGGAGGCACGCUGGUUUCUGGACCGGAGUUUCAUCCCCAUGUGGUCUGUCAGGCUCUAAUUUGGGAGAGCUGGGGCAUGAAGAACCAGUCUGACUAAGGCAGCAUGAGAAAUACGUCUUUUGCUCCAGUGUUUUUAAAGGAUGAAACGGAAAGACCUUGCUUCGCAAACUCAUACUUCUACACACACUGGACUGGGUUCACCAAUUUUGGUUUUCUGAAAGGACGGAGACAAAAAAAAAAGGGACCGUGCUCUGCUUCUUUUCCCUUUCACAGACCUGACUCCUGGAUCCCAGUGGAGCUGGAGGCUGUCAGGAUCAUUUCGACCCAGAUUAAGAAAAACCCCCCAAUGGAUCUGGGAAUUCUUUAACCUGUCAGCAGCUCUGCUUCAUUAACCACUAGCCCCGGUCUCCGCUCAGCCGAUUAUAACUUAUAACAGCUAUGUCUGGAGGGGGUGGAGCCACCAGACGCCUUAGACCUCCGUAGCACAUACACUGCACUUCCUGUUCUGAUUUUCAUGUUGAUGACAUAUCCCCCUGCAGACUGCAGAUUUCAUAUCGUUUUAUUUACUGUUUAGAUUUGGGUUUAAACUUUGGCUGGAUUUAUACUGUUGGCUCAAAUUGCAUUUUCUUUCCCUCCCAGUUGGCACAUUAAUGGCUUUUAUCAUGAUUUGGUAUCCUCAAAUAAUGCCUGUUUACAAAUGUAUAGCCUCCAUUGUAAGUUAUGUACGUCUUUAACAAAGGAGGCACAAUAAAUACCAGUCACAGAAGUGCUGCUAGACAGUAUCGAAAAACGGAAAACGUCUGUGGAAAACAGAACACGUGUGCCACGAAGAGGAAGGAAAAUGAAAGUAUUUGUUUGGGGGCUGUAAAUCCAUCCAAAGAUGCCGUUACAGAGAUGUGUUUAUCAAGAAGCAGCUGGUGGCUGAUGAGAAGAGUACUCAGGCUUCCUACGCAGGCCUCUUUCAAGAUGUGAUAAGUAAUAUUUGUACUGCCCCGUUACACCAAACUAAUGUUUGCAUGGGUUUGAAUGAUCGUUGGUCAGUAUUAGUGACUCAACAGUUACUUCAUGUUGUGCUUAGAGCUCUGGCUUCUAAAAGCCACUUCCCAGACUGUACUCUAUUUAGUAUUUAUGUCAGUUAAAGAGUAGUAAGUAUUUGUUGGAGCUCAUGGAUACACAAAAUGUGAAUGUAAACAGAAACUCCACAGAGCACCAUUACGUUUGGGGGGGGGGGGGCCGAAAACCUUCUUAGCUAUUAUUUAUUUAGAGUUUAACACUUAGAAACUCUAAUUUGUCUUAUCAGGACUGUGUGGCUGUGGUUUGGAUCAGGUUGAUGUGGCCACACGAGCAAACGGCCCACCAAAUGUUAUCAGAUUCAAAAACCGCAAACAGUUUGAUUAGUGCACAGAAAGACGUGACGUCGCUUUAAUUUUCUCCAUCUGAGCCACGCCCACUUCAAAACAAUACAAAGAGCACAGACAAAAACACAAAAUACAAAAAUCUCUUAACGGAACUAACCCAGUGCGUUUGCAUUAAGGAUCCAAGGACUCACAGUAAGAAGAACAUCCAGAAAAGGGCCUUUAAUUAAUGUUCCUUUUAAAACUAUGUGAAAGGGUGGUAUAUUGUUUUAGUGACUCGAAAACCUAAUCUGGUAAGAAAGACAGCUACAUUUGUGAAUAGAAGCUGUGUAGGAUUUAACCACAUGGCAGUAUGAAGCUCAUUCUUAUUAAGUUUUUAAUUUUUUUUUACAUGUUCUACCAUUGCUCCUGCUGAGAAAGGUUUGAGGUAGACACACACACACACACACACACACACAAAGUGAGGAGGGUUGGGGUGCCAUACCGCCCCCAGCAGGCGAUGGGAAGAACUGUGCCUCCUCUGAUAUCAGUUCUGUUGGUGUAUUAGUGUCUAUCUAUCUUGUGUAUUAUCUUUGGAGGAUUAUCGUGUAACCUCAUGUGACUCUCAUGUAUUACCAUUCUACGUUAUAUGCCUUCAAUGUUUUUAUCCUACUUUGCACAUAACAGAUUUUAUAGGACGCCGUAGUGUUGUGCUGGCUCACUUUAAGAGUCAGUGCGGCUGAAACUGGACAUAUUGUUUGUGUUUUCUCUCUCUCUGUCACACGCACACACACACACACACACACACACUCAUGCUUCCGUGCCUUGUCCUGCUGCUGGACGUUUCUCGCCUACAGCUGCUUCUUCGGCCACACACGCCAUGCUACCUUUGCUUUCUUUUUUAGUCCCACACACACUAACAUGUCUUUUGGCUGAGAGCUGUGCCUUCUGAGCUGCACACACAAACACACACACACACACCUACAUGAAAACACACUCUGCCUUCUGCUCGGGGUACAGACACCACCCGCUCUUCACUUCUUAUUGCUUUGGGCACUCACAUUGUUUUCUAAAGAUCGCUGUCUGCUAAAGGCGAGCAUGUAAACCGGCGAUGCAGUGUGACUUGCUGUGAAUUCAUAUUAGGACAUCAGGACAACUUAUUGAACAUAAAGCGGAUACUUUUGAGGCAUUUCUUGCUUUUCUAGAUUGCAUAGUGAAGAAUGGCUGGAAAGGGCCAUCUGCUUGAUUACAGCCCACAGUGUUGCAGGUGCCUGUCCGGUUUCUCUGUAUCUGUUUCCAUCGACACGGCGACCGUAGAAGAGACGGUGAAGAUGACAAAGCAUCUGAAGGUUUAAGACAUAUCGGUGUGUGACGCUUGCUUUUCGUGGUUCGGUGUUUUAUUGGAGUUGUCAGCCGCUGCGGUCCCUGUGUUAUUGAUGAUUGUUUCCCAAGAUGCUCCCUCCGACUUCAAAAUGAAUGUGUAAAAUUGUUUUGGAGUCUCCGGCAGCAGAAUAACACAUUUCCUAUCACAUCCUUGCAGCCUGCAGUGUGAGGAAAAGUCUUAAUAGCCGACUGCGCCACCCAAACGCGGCGAGACCUCCGUUCCAGCACGGAAACUGUUAUCAGCAUCCUCAAUUUGGCACAGUUGUAGACCAGAACAUUGUGAUCAGAUAGACGGGGGGGGGGGAGCAGGGUGAUUCCUCUCUGCUGUGCUAGUUUAAAUUAGAGUGGAGGUUUUACAGCACAUGACACAGAUCUGAGAGUGUUCCCUGUAGCAUCUCCAGCCCAAAGUAGGCCUUUUUCUCCCGACGCUGACCCAAUACACACAGUUUUUUGUCUUCUGGAGUUUUGUCUCUCCAGUUUUCAGGUCAACGUCUGCGCUGUGACCGUGUCAGGAACAUCCAUCAAGAAAUACAGAGCUGCAUCGGUUGAGAGCAUUUUGGGAAAUGCGGUUCUUCAUUGUGACAGUCCGAUGUCCGGGGAGCAGCAUGUUUUCUCAGGUGAAACCUGAACGCGUGGUUCAGUCCUCUGGUAACACCGACGGAAACAAGUCAAAUUAAAGCUUUUUUUUUUUUUUUAUUGCAGGCCACUCAUGUAAAACAUCCCCAGACUAAAAUCUGUUCUACUUUGCUGCCGGUGAAAUUUCAGGACUAUUUCCACACCGUUUUGUCUCACACACUCUGUGCUGACGUAUAUUUCGGUAAAGCCACAAACACUAUUAUACACAUUAUAUAGUGAUUACCUAAAAACGUGUUGCGGAGCCUUGUACGACUGCACAAAGCAGCAGACACCAACCGCUGGAGGUUACCAUCAUUUUCCUGGAUAGGAAAGGAGGCUCAUUAAAUUGAAUAUUUGAUGGGGUAAUUAGAACAACGUUUUUGUGGAAAUGAGCACAGUCUGAAAGCACACCUGCUCAGCUUGGGGGGGAAAAAAGUGGAUUCUGAUGUGUUUAUGUCAGAGGGAGAAUAUCUGUAAGCAUCUCAAACCCUUAGGUGCAUCUACAUUUAAAGGAAUAGUUUGACAUUUUUGGGAAACAACCUUUUAUAGGAGUACGGUGAGAUCAUGCACACACGAGUGGUAUCGAUCUAUUCACCUAACUCAGCAAGAAAACAAAUAAGUGUUUUUUUCCCAAAAUGCCAAAGCGUAUACUUGCUAUUUUAAUUAAUUAAAUUGGUUGUUUUUCUUCUAGCUGUGGUAGCCUACUUAAGGCUUUAUUACUUCAUAACAUAUUAAUCAGAACCUCAUUACUGAGCUAGAGUUAACAGAAAAUUGGAUCAAUUUGCGGUUGUCUGGCAGGAAGAAAAGCGGUCCAUCUCCAGCCGUAACAAAAAGUAAUAUCUGCCAGAGUGUGAGGCUGGAGAAUCAUUUUUAUAGCACGCACAUCUCCUCAACCGUUUUUUUUUUCUCUCCAGUUGCUAUGGUUAAAGACUAACUCUCGCCAAAAUGCAAGCUAGGGUCUUUUUGGGAAUGUACCCGAGUCAAACUUUCGUUUAAA